AUUGUUACCGCUUUUUUUUGUUCUUCUUCUUCUUCUUCUUUUUUUUUUUGAAAGUUCCACAGUUUGCAUUUCUGCUUGAUUCUCAAAACCUCACAGUUUCUGAAACAACUUGCACCCCCCCCAUUCCAACUCGUCGUAAUCAGCGAUCACCAUGGACUACAACACGACCCCAGGCACCAACCACGAGCGUCGUGACGACGAGCCGCAGAGAGCGGCAGGCGAAGAAGCAGUCGCGGCGACGGAAUUCGUCGCGACCGUCUCUGCUCCUGCUCCUGCUCCUGCUCGUGAUGUUCAUCCUGCUGAUCCUGCAGCUGCUCCUGUGAUUGCUGAUGACGUGUCGCACGUCUCUACGGCUGCAGCGUUCAAUGAGCCUGCGACUCUGCCAGCUCCCACUGCGCCUGCGCCUGCGCCUGCGCCUGCUCCUGCUGUUCCACGCAGCGGAUCUGCCCUGUCGUUCGAGGCUGCGGUCCGAGGUGGCCCAACUGUGCUCUUCCGCGACGAUGGCUCUGGUAGCGACACCGACCACGACGAUGAGACGAGCGGCGCUGACGCUGCUCAGAAACCGCAGGGAACAGUGACGGCGGCAAUGAUGAUGGCCGGCGCGGUUCCGUCUGCUCUGAGUAGCGGCGACCAGCUCCAGCACCGCUCCUCGGGCGCGUCAUCGCCCGUGCAUGGAUCCGGCCCGUCGUCGCGUCGGCUGACACCUGUUGCAUCGUACACGUCAUUGAUGGCGAUGGGAGACACGGUGAAAAUGCCGCACGUCACGACAAUCGCGUCUCGUAACGCCUUUCACGCGGACGACGAGGAGCUGUGGGAUGAGCAAGCCCGCAUGAUGGCUCAGUUCUAUCCUCACGGGCAUUCCGCUUCGCAUCCUUCCGACCUCCAUGAUGCAGCUUCAUCCCCGGGUUUGAUGACUGCGGCGGCGGCGGCGGCGGCAGCAGCAGCAGCUGCAGCAGCUGGUGGCAGUGGUACGCCACGCCCCACCUCUCCGACGCUGCAGGCCAGUGCGAGCAUGGCCAGACCCAAGUCGGCCAACCGGCUCGACCAGCUCAAGCACUCGUUUGCCAUCAACCAAGUGCCCUCGAGCGGAGAGGUUGCUGGCCUGGCGUCUCCGCCUUCUGCCAUGCGGCUGUCGAUGCACUCGCACCACCGUGUGACCGCUUUGGCCACUUCGGCAUCCUCCGAGCGAGCGAACUUUCUCCGUCAGCGCUCACACUUGCAAUUUGAAGUCAACGCUCUUGUGGAGGGCCAUUCCAUGCAUGCAGGCUUUGAAAUCCUUCCCGAGGCUGUUCCCGUCGAGCUUGCUACUGCUCAACAACUGGCCUUCACCAUGUCCGUCGCCACGGUUGCCGCCUCAUUCGAGACCAAUAUCCAGCGCGGAUUGACUCGCCAGGAGGCAGAGGAUCGAUUGGAGCGCUUUGGCUACAACGAGUUGGCCCUCGAGGCUGGCGUGUCUGCUUGGCGCGUGUUUGUCUCGAACCUGAUCAAUGCCAUGAAUAUGGUCUUGUUGAUUGCUGUCGCCGUUAGUGCCGCUGUUCAGGACGUUGUCAACGUUGUGGUUAUUCUCAUCGUCCUUGUGACGAACACUGGCAUUGGCUUUUUCCAAGAGUAUCGCUCGGAGCGUACAAUGGAGGCGCUCCAGAAGCUUUCCGCUCCCACCGCUCGUGUUCUUCGUGACGGCGAACUGUCCGUGGAAGGCUCGGCUUUCGUUGUUCCUGGCGAUAUUGUCUACCUGGAAGAGGGAGAUCAAGUCCCGGCCGACUUGCGUCUUGUGUCUGGCGUGAACCUGGAGAUUGACGAGGCGCUGCUGACCGGCGAGCCGCUGCCGGUGCGCAAACACCCCGCGCUCAUCAACGAUCCCAACAUCCCGUUGGGCGACCGCAUCAACAUGGUGUUCAAAAACACGUUGAUUACAAAGGGCCGUGGCGUUGGUAUCGCGGUCACGACUGGUUUGGCCACCGAGAUUGGCAAAAUUGCUCUGAUUGUCGCCAACAAGGCGCCGUCGGAGAAGAACAAGCAAGAGACCACUGCCAUGCAGGAAGUCACGGUUCGCACGGACGUCGAAACGGAAGAAGAGCGCCUCGACGCUAUUGACGACGCCAACACCACACGACUCAUUUUGCCACUCCGAGUCAUCCGUCGGUUCUGGGACAACACCUUUGGCAAACACUCUGGCAAGUCGCCUCUUCAGCGCCGCCUGGAAAAGCUCAUGUUUAUUCUGCUUGGAGUGGCGGUCGUGCUCGCCAUCAUUGUCUUUGCAGCCAAUCGUUUCGUUGGCGAGAGUGUCAUUGCCUUGUACGCCAUCGCUGUUGCUAUUGCCAUCAUCCCGGAAGGUCUUCCCGCUGUUAUUACAGUCACAAUGGCGCUUGGCGUGCGUCGCAUGGCGACUCAAAAGGCCGUCGUGCGUAAGAUCUCCGCUCUGGAGCAACUUGGCGACACCACCAAUAUUUGCUCGGACAAGACGGGCACCAUUACGGUCGGCAAGAUGGUCGUCACCGAAGUCUGGGCGGGCGAGCGCCUGUACCAAGUGCGGGGUAAUGGCAUUGUUCCCGAAGGCGAGAUCGUCGAUUCGGACGAACAGGUCGUUGAUGUUACCCGGCUUCCGUCUGAUUUGUCUGAUGCCGCGUUGGUCUGCUCCAUGUGCAACGGCUCCCGCAUCCAGUUUGUGGACGAGAAAUGGUCUGCAACCGGCGAUCCAACCGAGGUUGCCUUGCUCGUGUUUGGCUACAAGGCCGACAAGAAUCGCGAGGAGCUUGACAAGCAAAUGGACACCAUCUGCGAGUUGCCCUUCGACUCGGUGGUCAAGCGCAUGACGGUCGUGUACCGUCAAAACACGGCGUACCACAUCUUCCUCAAGGGUGCUACGGAGAGCGUGUUGGCUUGCUGCGAGGCCUAUCAGUGCGGCAAUGAGGUCAAGCCGCUCACGCCGGAGAUUGUUCAGCACAUCAUGAGCCAAGUCGACAGUCUCGCGUCGAAAGGCUUGCGUGUUCUCGCUCUGGCGCGCAACACGAUGCCUUCCAAUCUGCACUCUCCCGCCAACCCGGUCAAAGAGAAGGGAGCGCGUUUCACCGUUGGGCCCAGCACCAAUUCGCUUGGACUGUCUGAGGCAGACGAGCACGAGGACGAGCACGACGGUUCGGAUGGCGUGCUGUUGGGCGGUGGUCCGACCGGCAAGUACGCGCCUUCGGCAUGGACGACCGAUUUCCGUGAUGAAAUCGAGCAGCGCUUGACGUUUGUUGGGCUCGCCGGCAUGUUUGACCCGCCGCGCAGCACAACCGCAGGUGCCGUCGUCCAGGCACACGAAGCAGGCAUCUCGGUUCACAUGGCCACGGGUGAUCAUCCUGCGACUGCGGCCGCCAUCGCCAAAAUGGUGGGCAUUGUCACUGAGGAGGACAUGCGCGCCAAUCCCAAGCUGGUGAUGGUUGCACGCGAUUUCGACGCCAUGACCGACGCUGAACUUGAUGCUGCCGAUGAACUGCCGCGCGUACUGGCUCGCUGCUCUCCUGCCAGCAAAGUCCGCUUGAUUCACUGUCUGCAUCGUCGCAAGAAGCGUGUCGCCAUGACUGGAGACGGUGUCAACGACGCACCGGCUGUCAAGCAGGCCGAUGUUGGCAUUGCGAUGGGCUUUGGUGGCAGUGAUGUGACGAAACAAGCGUCCGAUAUUGUCUUGACCGACGACAACUUUGCGACCAUUCUCGUUGCCAUUUCUGAAGGCCGCCGCAUUUUCGCCAACAUCUCCAAGUUCAUUGUUCAUUUGAUGGCAUCGAACUUGGCCGAAAUGGUUGUAUUGAUUAUUGGUCUGUGUGUUCAGGAUGCGAACAAUAUUUCCGUCUUCCCGCUCUCUCCUCUGCAAAUUCUGUGGCUUAACAUGAUCACUUCCUCUCCGCCUGCGCUGGCUCUGGGUGUCGAAGGACCUGCCCCAGACAUCAUGACGAACAAGCCCCGGCCCAACGACGUUGGCCUUUUCACUCGCGAAGUUGUGGUCGAUAUGGUGUUUUAUGGCUGCGUGAUGGGUGUUUUGGGCCUGGUUGCCUUUAUCCUGCGCGUUUUUGCGUUCAGCGAUGGUAUCAACUCGACUGAGUGCAACACGUCGUAUUCCGAUGCUUGCGAGAACGUCUUCCGCGCUCGCUCCACCGUCUUCCUGAUGCUCAACUUUUUCUUCUUGUACAUUGCGUACAACUGUCGCCACGCUCGCAUGUCGACAUUCAAGCUCAAGGUUUUCGGCAACAUGGCCAUGCUGUACACAAUGGCGAUUGGCGGCUCUAUCACUCUCGCCACAGUGUACAUCCCUUACGUGAACACGAGGAUUCUGGAGCAAGCGCCCAUCUCUUGGGAGUGGGCCAUUAUUGCGGUCGGCUGCGUCAUUUUCGUUAUUUCGACUGAGAUCUACAAGUACGGCAAACGUCGUCACUACGCUCAAGUUGAUGCUCGCGCUGCUGCGACUCACGCCCCAUCCAAUCAGCUGGAGAUGGUUGCCAUCAGCACACACUCUACGUGAAGCUUUGUGCAAAAGCGGCGAAAGUUUGGACGAACUGUUCUCAGAUGUUUUCUUUCGGGAGUGUGACAAUCGUUAACUCAUUUUUUUAUGAUGGUUUUUUUUUCUUUUCGUUUCAAGGCGUUCUUUCGGUGGUAGUUGUUAUGCUUUUUGCAGUGUUUUCUACGUUACAUUCAGUGCAAGCAAUUGGUAUCAAAGUAAAUUUGCUCGUUUAAUUGCAAACAGGUUUCAACUAAGUCCGCUCGAUUACAAACAACACAUUUAAA